UUAAUGCAAGUUCUCUUCCACCGUCGGAUUACAGCCGAGCAGCACGCAAAGAGACGGUCACCGGGUCAUAAAACGUCGAAUAAAACCAAUAGGUUUCUUGUUUCUUGUGGGCCUUAGCUUCUCAUUCCAGUUACCAAAGUGAGUAGAGAGGACACCCCUUUAAUAGAGACAUGGAUCAGUCUUGGCCAAACCGUCACCAAAGAGGAGCCCCUCAGCAUGGUGUGCCAGUUGGGGCCUUCAGGCAGGGUAAUGUUCCCACUACGGAGAGAGGCAUCAUCAGUGGAGACAAUGUCCAGUUUGGGAGGCUGCGGCGUCACACUCGUUUGUCCCAGUCAGAGAGCCAUAGCUCUGGGCCUGAAGAUGAGUGGUUGAGCUCCUCCAUGGAGGGAAGCAGCUCCUACGGUCAAAGCCCCAUCCUCCAGAGUAUGCAGGCAGAAGGCAUCUGGUACAACCGUGGCGCCUACGAACAAGCCGAGGGCAACUAUCAACGCCGGCUCACCUCCAACAACAAUGGACUGCUGUCAUCCUCUCCACGGAGCCCAAACACCAGAGGCUCCUUGACCUUCCACUCAAGACGCACCCAGAGUCAGCAGCAGCAGGAUCAGGGGCACCCUGUCACCACAGUGAAGGCCUCUGGUACCCCUCACCGUCAGUAUAGUAGAGGCCGCAAUCGCACCUCCUCUGAGACCGAGAAGGGGGGCAAAGGCAGCAGGGAGCCGAAUCAGAGGAAGAGGGGCUUAUCUGAGACGGAAAGCAGGCCCAGAUGGGACAAGUAUGACACCCCUCACACAGGGAAUGGGAGAGACUUAAUUACCAACAUGAGUGGACUGCAGUGCCUCGCCACAGAGAACAUCUGGUUCGACAAACACCGCUACGAUGAGGCGGAGAAGCACUUCUAUGAGGGAGUCAACGGCCCCUCCACACAGCAACAACAGGUGAAAACGGCCCUGCAACAGGCCAAAGGGCGCCAGCAGAAACGGCAGCACAGAAAUUCAUCUUCACAUGCAGGAGGAGACCAGGAGCAGCUGGUUUCACGCAUGAAGAGCCUGGAACUUGAGAACCAGACUCUGCACAAAGUGGUGGGGGAGAUGAGGGCAGCCCUGCAGAAGCUGGAGACCAGAGUGGCUAUGCUGGAGAAGACCCCUGCACCAGCAGCUGUCCCAUGUGCUAAGGCUGCACCAGUCCAGGCUGCUCCAGUCAAACAGGUAAAGGUAGAGAAUGGUGAUGAUGAUGACGAUGACAUCGACUUGUUUGGCAGUGAUGAAGAAGAUGCAGAGGCAGAACGUAUCAAGCAGGAGCGCCUGGAGGCCUAUGCAGCCAAGAAGUCCAAGAAACCCGCCAUCAUUGCCAAGUCAUCGAUCCUGUUGGAUGUCAAGCCUUGGGAUGAUGAGACAGAUAUGGUGAAGCUGGAGGAGUGCGUGCGCUCUGUGCAGAUGGACGGGCUCCUGUGGGGAGCGUCCAAACUAGUGCCAGUGGGCUACGGCAUCAAGAAGCUGCAGAUCAACUGUGUGGUCGAAGACGACAAAGUUGGCACCGACAUACUGGAGGAGGAGAUCACCAAGUUUGAGGACUUUGUCCAGAGUGUAGAUGUUGCUGCCUUCAAUAAGAUCUAAGCUCCACCAGCUCUUUACCUGCUUCACCAAAGUGUUUCUGCUGCUCCCGGCUUGCACGGUUAUUAAAAAGCUAAGUUUUGAGCACAAA